AUGCUGGCCACUCUCAUUCUCUUUGCGCUGUUGCGUCUUAGUCAAGCUGUCUCCGUUACGAAUAUCUCCGCUUCAGAUCCAGCCAUUGUCUUCACUCCUGGUUGGCAAAACAUUUCGGAAUCCGAUGCCAACUUUCUAGCAACGACAGAGUUUCUCUGCCAUCUCACUGUCACUCUCCCUCCUUCGACUUCAUCCGUUUCAUACUUUGGUUACAGUCGGACGGGUAGCUCGCGCUAUGGUUACACUCUCGACUGUUUGGACGAUUGCUUGGUGCAAACAAUAAACGGAACUAAUCCUGCUGACGCUUCCACACUUUCCACUCUUUUCACUCUGGACGUUGACCCCAGCACGAAUCACACUCUGCGGGUGUACAAUCUUGGGACUGCCGACUCCAGCCAGAUCACUUUUGACCAUCUUUCGUUGGUAGUACAGGACAACGCUUCCGCGCCUUCUUCAGAUCUCAACCCCACAACAUCGCUCAGCUCUGAAGCUAGUUCAACAACAGAGCCUCGAACAACCGCCUUAAAGCAAAGUUCAUCAUUGGCGGAGAGCACAGCUUCCGUAAUCCUGCUAUCGGCGACAAGCGAAGCAACUUCAUCGAACGAUAUAUCUGCCACCAAUACCGGUCCUGAUGGGUCCGCGACCAGCGCUUCGUCUGACGCGUCAGAUUCAACUGGCGGAGUAUCCAAACAACUAGUGAUUGGUCUGACCGUGUUCGCCGUUGUUGUCACGACUGGCACUGUCGCUCUUCUCAUUAUUUGUUUGCGGCGACGCAGAAGAGAGCAACAAGGCCGUGUCUCACCAACACCUCCCAGCCCAACUUCUUCCAUCAUUCCAAUAAUGGAACCGCCACCAGCUUCGAUGAACCCCUUCGCCGAGCCUGUGGUAUCUUUCCCAGACCCAUAUUCGGUCCCUCAAUUCCCGCUUGAUCCUCCAGCCAACAGCGCGAUGAUGCAGAGGAGGCAACGGCCUGAUAGUCGCAUCGCAAGUCCCGGGCUAGCUCCCACAAUCCCACUUCCUGAUCUUCCAGCGGGUGCCCGACUGAAUCGAAUGGAGAGUCGCAGCAACAGCCCCAUGUCUUCUAAUAGAUCUGGCUCACGCAGCGAUAUGUGGAUUUCGCGGACUCCUGCUAGGAAUGAGUUCUAUGCAGUAUAG